CGGGCUGGCUCAGUAAAGCGGAGGCAGCGGGGGAAGAUGGCGGCGGUUGUUCCGCAGCGGGCCUGGACCGUGGAGCAGCUGCGCAGCGAGCAGCUCCCUAAGAAGGACAUUAUCAAGUUUCUGCAGGACCACGGUUCAGAUUCGUUUCUUGCAGAACAUAAGUUAUUAGGAAACAUUAAAAAUGUGGCCAAGACAGCUAACAAGGACCAUUUGGUUACAGCCUAUAACCAUCUUUUUGAAAGUAAGCGUUUCAAGGGUACUGAAAGUAUAAGCAAAGUGUCUGAGCAGGUGAAAAAUGUGAAGCUUAAUGAAGAUAAACCCAAAGAAACCAAGUCUGAAGAGACUCUGGAUGAGGGUCCACCAAAAUAUACAAAAUCUGUUCUUAAAAAAGGAGAUAAAACCAACUUUCCCAAAAAGGGAGAUAUUGUUCACUGCUGGUAUACAGGAACACUACAGGAUGGGACUGUUUUUGAUACUAAUAUUCAAACGAGUUCGAAGAAGAAGAAAAAUGCCAAGCCUUUAAGUUUUAAGGUUGGGAUAGGCAAAGUUAUCAGAGGAUGGGAUGAAGCACUCUUGACUAUGAGUAAAGGAGAAAAGGCUCGACUGGAGAUUGAACCAGAAUGGGCUUAUGGAAAGAAAGGACAGCCUGAUGCCAAAAUUCCACCAAAUGCAAAACUUAUUUUUGAAGUGGAAUUAGUGGAUAUUGACUGAAAUAGUAAAGACAUCAGCAACAAUAAAACACGGCCUUGAAGAAACUUGGGUGUCUAGAACUGGUUACUAUUGUAAGGGAAGAGUCAACUGGAAAAUUCAAGAAGUUAAGUUAGAACUUGUUUACUUGAUCCCCAACUUCUAAGAAAUGUAAUCCAUUAUAAAUCCUUGAAGUUUAAAAUAUUUUACUACAGCUGUGUAGAAUAUCACUUAAAGAGAACUGACUUGCCUUUUACCUCAUGUUGUAAACUAAAAGGCUCAAUAAAAAUUUAUCCUAUGUCUUGA